AUGAAAUUUUGUCAUUUUGUAAAUAAAUUUGUAGCCUCGGUAGGAGGGGUCAUAUUAGUUUUAUACGAAUUUUCUCAGUUUUAUGAAAAUUAUAUACCUAAAUAUAAUGAUCACGUGUAUAUUAUGGAUAAUUCUUAUAUACCAUUUUCCACGUUUUUCAUAUUAAGUUUAUCUUAUAUGUUUCUGAAUAUAUUUAGCCCUUCAAAAAAUAGUAUAUCAAAUAGUUUCAAGGGAUUGUUAGGUUGUUUCCUGAUAACAUGCUCGAUGUUUUAUUUCAUGAACCAGGUCAUUAUUUGUUCAGAAUAUGCCAAGGCGGAGUCAACAAAGUUACGCUUUUCCGUAUACUUUUGUGUGUUCCUGUUUCUUUAUAUGUUUUCUUUAUGUAUUGAAUCAUAUAAAAAUUUCUCUUUUACCACUUCAAAAUAUGAAAGAAAAGAACCUGGCACGAUGAAAGUAGAGGUUUAA